CAGGCAGCAGUGACAGAAACAGUGCUCACCAUGGACGUGGAGAUGGCGGACGCUGAAUGUGAGAAGAAACCGACUGAAAGCGGACAUAAGGCGGACACUGAAGCCGCAGAGACUUCGACCAAAAGCUCCGGUAGCACAUACGAGCUGCCCUGGGUGGAAAAAUACCGUCCGUUGAAGCUGAACGAGAUCGUGGGGAACGAGGAGACCGUGAGCCGGCUGGAGGUGUUCGCCAGAGAGGGAAACGUCCCCAACAUCAUAAUCGCAGGUCCUCCAGGCACAGGAAAGACCACCAGCAUCUUGUGCCUGGCCCGAGCUCUGCUGGGAGCCUCCCUGAAGGACGCCGUGCUGGAACUCAACGCUUCAAACGAAAGGGGAAUCGAUGUGGUGAGAAACAAGAUCAAGAUGUUUGCUCAGCAGAAAGUCACGCUGCCCAAAGGACGACACAAGAUCAUCAUCCUGGACGAGGCCGACAGCAUGACGGAUGGAGCUCAGCAGGCGUUGAGGAGGAUCAUGGAGAUCUACUCGAAGACGACGCGUUUCGCUCUCGCCUGUAACGCCUCGGAUAAGAUCAUCGAGCCGAUCCAGUCUCGCUGCGCGGUGCUGCGAUACUCCAAACUGACGGACGGGCAGAUCCUGGCCCGGCUGCAGGAGGUGGUGGAGAUGGAACGUCUGUCGGUAUCUGACGACGGGCUGGAGGCCGUCAUCUUCACCGCCCAGGGAGACAUGAGACAGGCGUUGAACAACCUGCAGUCCACCAACUCCGGCUUCGGCUACAUCAACAGCGAGAACGUCUUCAAAGUGUGCGACGAGCCCCACCCUCUGCUGGUGAAAAGCAUGCUGGGACACUGCGUGGACGGGAACAUUGACGAGGCCUAUAAGGUGGUGGAGCAGCUGUGGGCGCUGGGCUACUCUCCAGAGGACAUCAUCGGAAACAUCUUCAGGGUCUGCAAGGCUUACCAGAUGGCCGAGUACCUGAAACUGGAGUUCAUCAAGGAGAUCGGUUACACUCACAUGCGGGUGGCCGAAGGCGUCAACUCUCUGCUGCAGAUGGCCGGUUUGCUGGGCCGACUGUGCGACAAGACAGCGCCCCCUGCUGCCAGCUGAAGCCACUGUUUAACGCUGAGGUGUCGCACGUCGGCGAACAGCAGCUCUGAACUGAUGAGGCUUUUUGAUCCAAACACGUGAUCAGUGGCCUGUUUUCAACCCGACAUCACAGCAGACGCUUUGUGUCUGUCUGUGGAAAUGAAAUAAUGUAAAAAAAAAAAAAAAAAAAACGGACAA